AUGGAGGUGGAUGGCGAUAGCGAAGAAACGGUGAUCGGCAACAAAGAAGGCUAUCGAGUCUAUCGCGAUGCAGCGUCGUUGCGCCAAAGACGCCGGCGCCUCCUGCUGUCGACCGACAGCGCGUUCGCCGAUGCCGUGCUCCCAUCGCUCAUACAAAACCCAUACAUCGAGCUUCGCCUGAUUACCGACGAACCUUCAGCUCUCUUGACCGGCACAAACAAGAUUCCGCAUUACAUGGACACGGUGGAUAGCCAGACCUUUGAUAAGAAGACAGGAGCACGGAAAUGGCUGAAGGCAAAGACGGCUGAACUCUGCGAGUGGGCCGAUAUGCUCCUGGUCGCUCCCAUUGACGCUGGCGCUCUGGGAUCCAUGUUGGCGGGUUUGACCAACACUUUGACCUUGGCGCUUCUGCGGGGUUGGGUUUCUUCGAAGCCGGUGAUCCUUAUUCCAGGCAUGACGGUAUCAGAAUGGGACCAUCCUUUGAGUACUCGGCAGCUGGAGGAGAUCAACCGAUUCUGGCGGUGGAUUCGCAUCGUCAAGCCGGUGCUAUGGAAGUCCAAUGGACCCGAAGACCUCACACCACUUGCUUGGGAUGGGCUGAGCGAUCUGCACAGAUCGCUGGAGACAUACUUGUGCUUGUCACCAUGGGACGUCUCGAAAGGAAGUGCAGCAUCGGGAAAUGAAUCACAAGCAUCAUCGACCUCAAAACCUAUCGGCCCAUCAAGCAAAGUGACCAGUCUCAAAACCGCCUCCGCUCUUCGCCAUCUACAAACGCACUGGCCCAACCCUGAAGGAAAAGUGCAAUCACUCCCUCUAGAGAUCUGGCUCAAUAUCUUUGAGGACCAACUAGGCGACUGGGAAAUAGCCAAAGCAGUCGGAAUCCCAACCAAUAUCCCCGUCCCGCAAGAAUGGCAGAGCCACUUGCUGAAGAUGUCCACACCCGCUUCCCUCGAAUACACCAUCCUCCGCGGAUCAUCCGCCGCUAUCAAGAAACGCAUCGAGGCGUUACCCAGAUGGAAACCUCUCUCCGACCUCGCUUGCCACCUUAUCGUCAAAUUCUCCCGAACCGAUAUUCUCUCCUACCUUACCGAAAACCACCUCGACCUUCUCUGGACCACCUCUCGCCUCACCAACAUCCCCUAUCGUGCAUCCGCAAUCUACGGUAACCCGACAGUCUUGACCUGGUGGCGUGAUGCCCCUGCACUUCCGAACAAAGAAUACAUGGCCGAUGCGAUGGACGGGGCCUCCCGCGCCGGCUUCAUCCAUGUCCUUGACUGGUGGCUCAACUCUGGUCUUCCAUUACGAUACACCGAACGCGCUCUGGAAUCCGCCAGUGCAGAAGGCCGCGUCGCCGUUCUCGACUGGUGGAAAUCCGCCUCGGCAGAGGCAUCCCCAUACAAACCCCUCCCACUAAAAGUGGGUAAAUCCGUCCUGCUCGCCGCACAAUCCGGCCGCACCGCAUCUCUAGCAUGGUGGGACGCAUCUGGUAUCCCAUACAGCCACGCAGAAAACGUUGCUCGAAUUGCGAGCACCCACGGCCACGUGCACGUUCUCGACUUCUGGUACAGACUGAAAGGUCCCAAGAUGAUCUUCGACAAUCAAGUACUAGUCGGUCCAACAAAGAACGGCCACGAUCAUGUUUUGCAGUGGUGGAAAGAUUGUGGUCUACGCGUUGAGUUCAAGACGUGCGAUAUCGAGGAAGCGCUCGAGGAUGCGGUUUCUGGCGCUGAUGGUCGUGUUCGGAGCUGGUGGGAAUGCAAUGGUCUUAACUUGGGCGUCGGCACACGCGAGUGGAUGAAGCCUAAGGUUCUCUGA